AUGUCUGCCACCAAGGGAUCAGUCGUCGAGGAAACCGGCGUGUCCCCAGCCCCGAAGCAGACUUUCGGCGCGCGAGUCGCUGCCCAUUUCAAGAAAUGGUGGUGGGUGCACUUGAUCGUCUUUGUGAUCUCUGUGCUGGUUAUUGCUCUGCCAGUCGUUUACGUCGGAUACCCCAAGAUCGCUCAAGAUGCUGUCAAUGACUCCACACUCGAUAUCAAACAGAUGGUCAUCAGUGACCCGACACCGGAAUCGUUUAAGCUCAAUCAGACUCAGAUCCUAGGCUCGAAAAGCUCUUAUCAUCCCCAGAUCUAUGCUUUCGAUGCUGCGGUUUCUUUGGGUGGUGCCGCUGCGCCUUUCGCGACUGUCACUGUUCCCGGUGUCAAGUCUAACGAUGGCGCGGAGAUUCACGUCGAGCAGGACGUUGACUUGUCGGAUUCGGAUGCCUUUGGUGACUUCGCUACAGCGGUCAUGAUGAACAAGGAGGUCUCUCUGAAUAUCUAUGGACGCCCUGGGCUGAAGGAGGGUGCUUUGCCUAAGACCACUGUCACAUACAACAAGACUGUGGCUAUGAAAGGUCUCAAUAAACUCGAGGGCUUCGCCGUGACGGAGUUCCACAUCAUGCUCCCCGCUGUCGAUGGGUACAACAUGAACGGAUCGGUGAAGAUUCCCAAUCCCUCUGUCAUGACAAUCACCAUGGGAAAUCUAUCUCUCAAUUUAGCCGUCGACGGCGAGGCAAUGGGAACGACCUACCUGAACGACCUAGUCUUGAAACCAGGCGACAACAACGUUCCCAUGCUUGCAAAGGUGGAUCAAGCCGCUAUAAUCGGUCUACUGACAUCAAGCGACAAUCCUUACACAGAUGGAAUCGUUCCUUUCGAUAUCACAGGAAACUCGAGCACCUAUAAUGGCAAGGAGCUGCCUUACUUCACUAAGGCUCUUUCGGCCAAUAAGCUGACGGUGAAGCUGGAUGUCGGUGCUGCGUUGAAGGAGAUUGGCUUGAACCUUCUUAAGUCUGCCUUGGGUGUUUAA